AUGUCAUCACGCGGACGUGGAAGGGGUACCGGUAUCGGUAAUAGAGCAGGCGCAAGAUCCAAUUCCAAUGCCAGCGUUAGGAAGUCAGUAGUAGUGAGAGGCAGCAAAAAACAAUCAAAUAAAACGAAACGAGGGCGCGCCAAAGUUGAGCUCGAUCCACCCAAUAUCCUUGAGUUAAAAGCUCGUAAAGCUGAGCUUGCCACCUUCUUCAAAGCAGUCGGCUCGAGUCAGAAAACUGCCUUACUGAAUCUAGCUCAGAAAUCAUUGGAAUUUGUCGCCAAAGAUUCCAACUAUCACGAAAAGUUACCGGAGUUUGAUAAACUCACCCGGGAUAUAGAUGAGCAGCUCAAGUGCAUAUUAUCGAAACUUGAAGCUCGCCGCUGUUAUGAACAAGAAUUGGCGCAACACCUAUCUGAACAAAAUGUCUACCUUAUCAACCAACAAUGUAAAAAUAAGUUAGAAGAUAUUAAAGAAGAAAAUAUCGCUAAAGUUCAGGAAAGAAUUCUCUAUGUCGAACAUAUGCGUCAGGUUGGCGGUCAAGUCGAAGAUGUCGCUUUCAAACGUGGAGAAGACGGGAGAAAGGUGACAAGAUUACCACCAUCAGCUAAAAUUGUACAUCCUGUUGCCAUUCCCUUUUCAAGGGGCCAGCUCGCUGAUGGAGUUUGUGCCAACAAGCCGGGCGAUAACCUCUUAGAGCAACAUCCAGCCAAUUUUUGGGAAUCUCUAUCUGAUGCACAGAAAAAAGCUAUCACUCUUCAACAUGACUCUAUCAUUCAAGCAAACACUAAGAAAUCUCAGGACGAAAAACUUGGUAUUUUCCAAAAACAUUCGGCAACUACUAGUAGGCUAUUCAAUCCAUCAGCUGUCCCAGGGAUGGUGAUGGAUGUGGAUGAGGAUGAUAUCCAACUUGAUGAUCAGGCCCUUAAUACCGAUACAGCUGCACAUGAUGAACAAAAUCAAGUCACUGACUUCUCUGACGAUGCAGCAGAGAUGCCUCUUGAUCAAUAUGGGGUUCGAAUACCGAAGAGAAAGUUUCGAGCAACAUCCAAGGUCCGUCCAAAUAACCACAUGGUUGUCCCACCGGCAUUUCAUUUCGAAGAUGCCGAGGGUCAAAUUUUAGAAGAUGGCUCAGUUGGGAUUCAAGAAAUUGGUUUCCGCUCGUGGACCACUAAAAACAUAAGGAAUCGGGAUUACUUUAUUGGUUCAGAUACCAGCCCUAACCCCAAAUACUUUUUCCUACCUCAGCGUGUAGGCGAUAUCAAUAGUGGAAAUAAUACCAUCGAAGAUAUGCGUCAUGUUGCACAUAUUGCACAUACACACAAACUACAUCCUCUACUCGGAAUUGUCCUCCCAGGAUCAAUCAAUCCUGAUUAUUACGAGAUAAAAGAUCCCUACUUUCCGCCACCAAGUGAUAGAACUAAACCAUUAGAAUUAUACAAACCACAUCUCAUAAUACAAGACAACAGUGAUGGGACAAAAACUGUCUCUCGAGCUCAAAGAUCUUGGAUCCGUGGAACAAAGGAGAAAUUUGAAGACAAUGGAGUAAAGAAAAAAGUUAGAGCGCUCUUAAAAGCAUCUGGAGAUUACACAGUUCCCGAAGGAUAUCCUUCUAGUGUUUACCAAGAAAAUGAAGUAAUUGAUAAAGACCUUAUUGGUGCAGUCAUGGCUGCAAUAGAAGAGAAUGAUCAUUCUUCACAUAUAGAUAGCGUGAUUAGAUCUGACGCUAUUAUUCCUCCAGAACCACACUGGUCGCCAAAACCAAUUCCACCUCCGAACAUAGAUUCAACUUCAAAUAUCGGUUCGCCUCCAGUCCCCACCAAACUUCAUUUUCGACAAUCCUGUAAUCAGUACGACCCAGUUCGCGAUUCUUUCCAACUGUCAACCUCACAAAUUUUCCCCACACAGUCCUCCACGGCAUUACUUUAUCAGACUCCUUACUCUCAAACCAGUCCGCAAAUGCUACAGCCAAAUAUUAAAUCGAUUUCCAUGAUGGGUGGUAAAAAUAAGUUAGAAGAACUUGCGAAUUAUGCACUGAGCGUGUUAGAAAAACCAGUCUUAUCAAUGACUUCGCAGCCGAUCACAAGUAGCUGCAGCGCUGUCUCAACUACUAUUCCAGUAUUUUCUACAACUGCAACUCAAGGCCAGCAAAAAAUUCUCACUCCCCAGUUCAACUCAAUGCAAUCUCAGAUAUACUUAGCAAAUCUGCCGUUGCAGAAACAUGGUAAACUUAGUCCUGUUUCACCAACUCAGUCAUUCUCUCUACAUGGCUCACAGAAUCGUGUACAGCAAUGUCCCCCAAAUUCUUCAAUAUCAUCACCUGCCGGUUAUUCAAUAAUUAUGAACGCAACACAGGCAUCUCCAUCAACAUCUGGCACCCAUUUAUCACCGUCAUCACACACAAACUAUAAUUCUCAUCCGCCACCACCUCAAACUACAAGCUAUAACUUACAUACAUCACCACUAUCAGCUACAAACUAUAACUCACAUUCAUUACCGCCAGCAAAUACAAACUACAUCUCUCAUCCACCGCCGCCACCGCCAGCAAAUAUAAACUACACCUCUCAUCCACCGCCGCAACCGCCAGCAAAUACAAACUACACCUCUCAUCCACCGCCGCAACCGCCAGCAAAUACAAACUACACCUCUCAUCCACCGCCGCAACCGCCAUCAAAUACAAACUACAACUCUCAUAUACCGCACCAGUCAAACAUAGACUACAACUCACAUUCAGCGCCGUCUUCAAACGUAAAGUAUAAUUCUCUCGCAGCACUGCAAUCAACGACAACAUAUAGCUCACAUCCAUAUCCACCACAAAAUACAAACUAUAAUUCUCGUCCACCGCCUCAGCCAAGUAUAGACUACAACUCACAUCCGCCGUCAUCUCUAAACCUCAACUACAACUCCAUUGCAACGCUGCAACCAGCCAUAAACUAUAAUUUGCAUCCACAAACAUCUUCAAGCGUGAAUUACAGCCCACAUAUAGCGCUGCAGCCAUCUACAAACUAUAACUUACGUCCGACACCGUCUCCCAGCACAAAAUACACCUCACAUCCAGCACUACCGCCAAAUACAAACUAUAGUUCUCCUCAACAUCAACCUUCGUCAUUAAACGCCAACUACACUCCCCAUCAUCCACCUCAAGCUGCAUAUACCUCACAAAAAUCUUUACACAUUAAUCCAAAUCAUGCCCCUCUGAAUAGCCACAGUCAUCGCGAAUUGCGACCUGCUAAUACUGAGAAAAUAUCACCUCCCGAAUCCCUACCAGCAUAUAGCUGGAGAAAUAGUGGAAGCUAUUAUGCACAAUUAAAUCCUUAA